AUGCAGAUCUUCGUCAAGACAUUGACCGGCAAGACUAUCACCCUCGAGGUCGAGUCGAGCGACACGAUCGAUAACGUCAAGUCCAAGAUUCAAGACAAGGAGGGCAUCCCCCCCGAUCAGCAGCGCUUGAUCUUCGCCGGCAAACAACUUGAGGACGGCCGCACUCUUUCCGACUACAACAUUCAAAAGGAGUCUACCCUUCACCUCGUGCUUCGCCUUCGUGGUGGUAUGCAGAUUUUCGUCAAGACCCUCACUGGCAAGACCAUCACCCUCGAGGUUGAGUCGAGCGAUACUAUCGAUAAUGUCAAGUCCAAGAUCCAGGACAAGGAGGGCAUUCCUCCCGAUCAGCAGCGCCUGAUCUUUGCUGGCAAGCAGCUUGAGGACGGCCGUACCCUUUCCGACUACAACAUCCAGAAGGAAUCCACUCUCCACUUGGUCCUGCGUCUACGUGGUGGUAUGCAGAUCUUUGUCAAGACUCUCACUGGAAAGACCAUCACUUUGGAAGUCGAGUCAUCAGACACCAUCGACAAUGUGAAGAGCAAAAUUCAAGACAAGGAGGGCAUUCCACCUGACCAGCAACGUCUCAUUUUCGCAGGAAAGCAAUUGGAAGAUGGCCGGACCCUCUCGGAUUACAACAUUCAAAAGGAAUCUACGUUGCACUUGGUUCUCCGUCUCCGUGGUGGUAUGCAGAUUUUUGUCAAGACCCUGACAGGCAAGACGAUCACAUUGGAAGUUGAAUCCUCAGACACAAUCGACAACGUUAAGUCCAAGAUUCAAGACAAGGAGGGCAUCCCGCCGGACCAGCAGCGUCUAAUCUUCGCUGGUAAGCAGCUUGAAGAUGGACGUACGCUCUCUGAUUACAACAUUCAGAAGGAGAGCACGCUGCAUCUGGUUCUUCGCCUCCGUGGUGGAAACUGAUUCUUGAUUCCAUCUGAUGCAUUCUACCUAGGUAGUCGCCAACCAAGAUUGUGAGAGGAAACAACAGGUAGCAACAAUUUCGCCCAUGAUGCGCUUCAUAUGGAUGAAGAUGUCAACGCGAACUGAACAGGACAUCAAUAACCCGUUGGGGGAGGAGAAAAUCUAGGACGACUUCCAGGAUGAGUAAAUUCGGAUUUAAAGGUUAACUGAGCUGCAUGGCGUUGGGAAGGUUUUUGCUGGCGUUUAUGACAACAUGAUUAAUUUGAUGGCUAAGCCGGACGUAUGAUUGCG